UCACAGGGCUGGGUGAGGGGCACGGGGGGAUGCACUGCUGUGAUGCUCAGCUCUGUGCCUUCUUUAUAAGCAGCCCAAGGCUGAGAGUGAAUGAGAGCUUAAUAUUGCCUUGUUCAGGAGGAGGAGAUGAGCCGCCAUGUCUGAGAGCAGCAAAGGGAACCCGCUGUCCUUCGGGCAGGUGGUGAUCGGACCCCCAGGCUCCGGUAAAACAACGUAUUGCCACGGCAUGCAGCACUUCAUGGGCAGCAUCGGCCGCUCGGUGGCCGUGGUGAACCUGGACCCGGCCAACGAGGCCAUGCCGUAUUCGUGCGCCGUGGACAUCUCGGAGCUCAUCACUUUAUCUGAUGUGAUGGAGAACUUGAAGCUGGGGCCCAACGGGGGGCUCAUCUACUGCAUGGAGUACCUGGAGGCCAAUUGCGAUUGGUUGCAGGAGAAGCUGGCUGCUUUCAGAGGUCACUAUUACCUGUUUGAUUGCCCGGGGCAGGUGGAGCUCUACACCCACCACGAUGCCCUGAAGAACGUCUUUGCACAGUUGGCCAAGUGGAAUUUCAGGCUGGCUGCUGUACAUCUGGUGGAUUCCCAUUACUGCACAGACCCUGGCAAGUUCAUCUCCGUGCUCUGCACUUCACUCUCCACGAUGCUGCAUGUGGAACUGCCCCACGUCAACGUCCUCUCCAAGAUGGACCUGAUUGAGCAGUACGGCAAGCUGGCUUUCAACCUGGAUUAUUACACGGAGGUCUUGGACCUCUCUUACCUGGUUGACCAUUUAGCUUCUGACCCCUUCUUCAGAAACUACCGCCGCCUCAAUGAGAAGCUGGUGGAGGUGAUUGAGGACUACAGCCUGGUGUCCUUCGUUCCUCUCAAUGUCCAGGACAAGGACAGCAUGCGGCAAGUGAUGCAGGCAGUGGACAAAGCCAAUGGCUGUUCCUUUGGGGACCAGGAGCAGAGGAGCCUGGAAGCUCUGAUGUCAGCAGCAGUGGGGGCAGAUUUCCACUUUACUUCCACGCUUGCAGUGCAGGAGAAGUAUGUGCAAUCUCAGGACAAGACGGUGGAGGAAGAAGUGAUGGAUAUGUAACACACCCAGCUGCGCCGCAGCCGCUCUCUGCUUUGACAGCUCUCCUUUUGCUGCUGAGAGCUUAAGGGACUCUCUGUGUUGUGUGACUCAGAGCAAGGGAAAGUCUCUCCGGGCUCUGCCUGCUGCGCUCCUUCACUGUGGAGAUUGAGCUCAGCCCCAUUGAGCAGCAUUGGAAUGGAGGGGCUCUGGGUGAGGGCGAAGCAAGUGGGGUCUUUAUGGAGCAGGAGAGAUCUGGGUGGGAGUUGUGAGAGAAGAGAAACAAGGGAGGCUGAGCUUUGCCACGUCACCUCUUCCCCGUUGUGCCCAAUGAGGAUCUGGGGAAAGAAAAAUCAGCAGGUUUCUAUAGUGAGACAUGAGACGUGAGUUCUUGGUUUACCUCAUAGGAGCAGCGUACGUGGCCCUUGUAGUCGGGAUUAUCCAGGCUCAGAAGCCUCCAGUCUGUCUCAGGGAGGACAGAGAUAGUUGUUUUUCUUUCUUUUUUUUUAAAUAAUGAUGGACUCUUUUCUUAAUAAAACACUUUGACUCGCUUUCA